AUGGGCCGCAAGAGCCGGUCAGGCUCGCGCGCGGGCCGGAAGAGCCGUUCCAGGAGUCGCAGGAAAGAGAAGAGCCCGAGGAAGGAGAAGGACCGAAGCCCCUCGUGGAGGCCCACGAAGAGGAGCAGCAGCGCCGCCUCAAGGAAGGCCAGGAGCCCCUCGAAGAAGAGAGGCGAAGGCGCUCGAGACCGGGACAGGCGAGAAGAUCGCGGCAAGAGCCGGGACGACAAGGACAGGCGGGAGGACCGCGACAGGCGGGACGACCGCGCCGAGGAGAAGCGCAGCAGAGACCGCAGGGACGACAAGGACCGCGACCGCGACCGCCGCAGUGCGGAGCGCGAGCGCCGGGACGAUCGUGACCGGCGGGACGACAAGGAGAAGGACCGCGGCGACAAGGACCGCGAGAAGGACCGCAGAGACGACCGCGACAAGGACCGCGAGAAGGACCGCGACCGGCGAGGCGACAAGGAUCGCGACCGGGACCGCGACCGGCGCGACGGGACAGGGCUCGACCAGAGCGAGCUCCAGGGAGGUUCGUCGUCGUCUACGACGGACCGCAGCCGCCGCAGCCCCGGUGGAGGGCAGGAGCAGCAGAGGUGGCGGCAGCAGUUGCGGCAGUAG